GUUUAUACAAUGCAUUUGAUCAACAAAAUAGUUUUGAAAAAAUUUAUUUGAAUUUUGCGGCAAAUUAUUUAUCAAACAAUAAAUUAUAUAACGAUUUGUUUUAUUUGUUUGAAAACAUAAAUCAAUUGUUUGUUUGUUUGAAUCCCCGAAUCGGUGGCCAUAUCAAAGAGCGACAAAAUAAUGGCCAACAAGUUGUCCGACGAGGAUAUUACUGAUCUAUUGAAAGAGAUCUUCAGUAUAACCGUAGGCAGAGAACAGUUGUCGAAACCGACCAAAGAUUUUGUGGUCAAUAUUUACGCCCGAUUUUUGGCCGAAUUUGGCGUCGAAAAUGUAUCGCAACCGGACAUCGUGGCCACAACCGGUAUGGACAACAUUGACCGCUACGAGACCAACUUGUUGUUGUGGAACAUCUUCAAGAGUGUGGCCAACAUUGUGGCCAACGACGGCAUACCGGACAUGACGUUCGCCGACGUCUGUCAACCGACUCGUGUCCGCACCAAUCGGAUAUUGUCGUCAUUAUGUAAACUAUUGAUCCGUUUGACACAAAUCGAGCAACGCUUUCAUCAGAUGCAACAAAAGUGUGUCGAUCUUCCCAUCCGUCGACAGGCCGUUGAACAACGUAUUCGGGAACUGAAGCGCCAAAUGGAGGACAAAUCGACGUAUUUGUCGAGCAAUAAGUCCCGCAUUCAGGCCAACAGUCAAGAGUUGAAAGAAUUGGCCGAAACUUUCGAGAAAAAGAAGACGGCAUCGGAUUUACUCAGCGAUGAGACCAAACAAAUCAAGUCUUCAAUAUUUCAUCAAAGGGAGAAACUCAGUGAAUUGGACAUCGAAUUGAGCCAAAUUCGGGAACAGAUUCAAGAUUUGGAUCAAAAGAUUGUUAAAAGUCCAGAACGAAUACAAGCGGAUACUGACGAUAAAGAAGAAGAAUUGGAGACCAAACGAAACGAGAAGAAGAAGUUAGAGAAACAAUAUAUGGAACUCAUUAAAAGUAUUGAUCACUUGAAGGAGAUCUCCAAAACAUUGAAGCCAUCGUUGGAAGCUUUCAUCGAAGCGUUCAAAGAUAUUGAAGCCAUUCGUACCGAAUGCCAGAAGUUAUCGGACAUUAAAGCGACUUUCGGUAACAGAGAAGAAAAGAUGAAAUCAUUGAAAGUUCAGAUUAAAGAACAGGAAAAAAGUUGUCAAACUUUAAGACAACAAAGUGUUAACAAUAGUAAACAGUUUCAGCAACAGUACGACACUUUAAAACAGAUAACAGACGGCAUGAAAAUGAAUUUGGAGACCAAAUUGAAGAAUCAAUCGGAGUUCAAGAAACAGUGUGUUGAAGAACGACUACGACUAGAGUCCCGUUUGGAUGCUCUCGACGGUCAACAUCAGGUGUUCAUCGAAACCUACGAACGACUGUCGAAACAAAUGGAAGAACGUCUUARAAAUUGUCAGACAUCUCUGAUGGCACACAUGAAUGAARUUAAAGCCAUGAGAACAGCUAACGACAGUAAAAAUAUUUAAAAAAUAAGUGUCUAUUUUAAGCACAUUUUAUAUUUAAU